AUCUUAUCGAAGAGGGAUCGAAAAUGCCAUUCAUUCAGUUGGAUCUUUCAUUCAUUGACUGACUGGAGGCAGAACGCUUGUCAAAAGGAUUUAUCGAUGCAAAACUCAGGAGUCACCGGGACACAAGUACCUAGAAGGGCAAUUAACUAGUAAUGAUAUUGGUCAUUCUGCUUCUGGUUCCAUCAUGGUGCACUCUUCAUUUCUGUAUUUCAGAAAAGCUUCAAAAUUAUGAUCUGUGACGUGCGAAGUUUCCUUUUAGCAACCAAUAAUUUAGUCAGUCUACGCCAUCGGAUUUGCAUCCACGAUAUCUCUUUGGAAUAAUGUACGCGUCAUUACGUAAGGUGAUAUAUUAGGCGAGCUGAUAAACAAUGGAACGAAAAUGUUGUUGUGAAUAUCUGGUUUGUGUAAUAAUGAACUCCUUGUUGCUUUAUUUUGGAUAGACAAUAAUGCAUUAACCUGAUGGAGAGGUGACACACAGUAGUGAGGUGGAAAAAAUACGCCAUGGGAUGAACAGGACUGUCAUAUUUUGCAAAAUGGAGGAAGCACAAAACCACCUGCUGAUCAUUUUAAUGGUUUACGAUAAACUUGCUUUGUAAUGAGUGGAUCUAUGAAUAGCUAGCUUGUUGACAAUUUGAUAGAUGAAUAUUAAGUGGUAAACGGUGACUUUCAACAUUUCGAUUGAUAUCAAUUGCAAUGGUGAAUUCGAACGCCACGAUGGCAAAUGUGACAAAUGCAAAGAAAAGUAAGGGGUCAGGGAAGUCCAGAGAUGUCCAUCGAGGGAAUUUUAGCGCAUACCAACGCGAAUUAGACUCUAUCAUAAAGGAUCUUAAAGACACCAAUGACCCCAAACCAAACAAAAAUCCAGUAAGAAAUAGAGCUGCCAGUGAAGCCUGUGUAAAGCAAAGAAAUAAAUCCUCAAAAACACCCGAAGCAAAACCAAGAAGAAAACAUGGCAGUGAAAAUGCGAAGUUAAAACCCACCCUGAACCCUGUACAAUUAGAAAAGCUAGAGUCCACUGCCUUUGCUGCACUCCAGGUUAUUCAAAACACAGUGGUGUCUAUCGAUAAACUUCAGGAGGAGGAUAUUCAUGAAGAAGGAGAUGAGAGUUUGGUGUCAGAAAAUACAGCAUGUGAAAGUGGGUAUGGGGUAGCGAAGUGGCAAAAAGGAACAUUUCAGUCAAACUAUCAAGUUUCCAGAGCAUUAGAAUCGAAAUGUAGAAACCCAGUGGAAGACAGUAAAACGAAUCCACAAAUCCCUGAUCAACGAGGGAUAACGGCAAAAGGGUUGGGUGAUCUUAAGCCGUUCAAAAACAGAAAAUUACCAGAACAACACAAACCAUUUAAACAUGGAAAAGGAGGGCAGGAAAUCUUUCAAAAUGGCCUACAAAAGGGAGUGGACGACGAUUUGAAUAUUCAAGAAAUGCCAAACAAAAUGAAUGAUCAUAAUACUGGUGGGAUUGCAGCUGAACCUCAACUGCAAUCAACGACGGUUUCGUCACAACCAAUUUCCCACACCGAGAGAGGUAAUUUGGCUGCGGAGGCAAGAAGCAAUCCACGACUGAAAACCAACCAAAGUAAUUUUCAAAAAUCGAUAGCAAGUUCUUCAUUAAGAUCAUCGGGAAGACAAAUGAUUUCGACACGGACUCCAAUCGAUGGCGACACGGGAAGAUCAAACCCUAAGCAAUCAGGAUCAAAUACAAUCCAUAACCAACAACUCAUAGAAUCAAGUACACAAACGGAUGUCAACCGUGCCGAACUUGAUGCUUCAACUGACAUCACCUAUCCAGAUCAAACUUAUUUGCCUCGGGGCUUACUUGGGAGAGAAACUGAAGGAUGCAAGGUCUCGGUUGCAUCUGACGCUAAUGAACUCCAGAGAGGCAAUGCAGAAAGUGAUUUAUCUAGAAUAAAUGACGGGGAUGGUCAGAAAGAUCUCCGGGAGGAACUUGACAAGCUGAAAGAGGGUAAUGAAGAUCUUGAAAGGCAAUUAAGAGAAACCAUCGACUUUGAGGUUCAGGCGAUGAAAGCUUACAUCAGACUCGUCAAACAACAUCGACAACUCAAAAGGAAAUUACAAGAGAGAUCAGAAAGCACUAAAGCAAAGACAAUGAUGCCAGAAGGACCUAAGGCUAAUGGAAGGAUUCAAACGAAUGGCGGAUCACAUGAGGUUGAUAUGGUUGGUGUAUGCGAAGCAAAAGGCUACCUGCCUUCUCCGGACGCCAACCAGAAUCGCCAUCAGCUGCGGACAUCGAAUGGCAUGAGUGCAAUGUCCACCGAACAGGACGACGAAGGCGACAUCGUAUUGCGUUGUAAAUCUGAACAUGGAACCAUCGACACUGAUGGUGAUUCGUAUGCUGUGUCGGCAGAGAUUGUUGGAGGACGGUAUCCAUGGCAACAGGAUGUGAUGACGCAAUGUGGUCGCAAGGGCACCAGGAAUGUCAGCAUCCAGACAGAACUCACAGAGGUAUGUGAGAGGUGUUACACCGAGAGGGCGGUCAAAGGGGACAAUUCGUCGUCGAUUUUAAACCGAGUGUUCCGCAGGAGCAGACUAUCCAAAUCUCAGAGCUCUGAAUUCAAACCAAUAGGAAAUGACCUUAGCUUCCUUCCAGCAUCCCGCCAUGCAAGCAUCAGUGUCCCAUCGACUGGAAGACCACUUGUUGAUAUCAGAGGCAUGCAUGAUUCCCGGGAUCCGAUGGGGUUGUCCAUGCCAAACAUUAAUACUGCGGAUUCGUUGACGCCAUCACCCUUCCCGUCACCGCUCCCCUCACCAGAUGUGGCGAAGAAGCAGAUUGGGAAAGACGUCGGCAGCGCAAAUCCUACAGUCGUUCUCAGCUAUCAUCCAGAUGAUUCAGACUCAUUAUCGGGAAUUAAUGCAGGAAGUCAUGAUGAUUCGUCUGGGUCAGUAACAAGUAACGGAAGUUCACUCCGGGUUCCGUCGCCAGAAUUGCUCCAAACUAUCAAGUCUUCUUACCCAAAACAUCUAAAGAUUGAGCCCGAGGAACAAGGUGAAGAUGAAGAGACCGUUCCUCCCCCUAGUUACCGAAGACAAAGACGAGAUGCAGUCAUAUCACAAGUGGCACCCUCGGCCCAAGAUAUGGGUUCUGAAGAACACGAGUUGAACAAUUACAAGCCUGAUUCACCACCGCAGGCAACACGGAACUCCACCACGCCACAGAUGGACUUUCUUGUACCCACUGUAUCACGGAAACCAUCCCACGAGCAUCGGGCUAGUAUCAUGAGCGAAGCUAGUAUCACUUUACAAUCUGUUGCAGCCAAACAUGUUCAAGGUUUCAUAGAAUCAAGUGUACAAGGCCUUGAUAAUCACGUUGCGAGUGAAGAAGUGCAAGAUAGCAAGAAGAAGAUAGCUGCCAUGCUCAGGAAAAAGUUUGGAAAGCAAGAAAAGAGUGGAAUGGGGGCUAUUAUUUCAAACUUCAAGCGGCACGAUCAAGAUGAACUCGAAUACGCUAUCUUCAAGGAUAAGCAUUGGAAGGACUUUAUAGAAUCAGGACUUGGUCGCCCGAUCGACACAUCAUCAAUCAACUCAGAAGAAUACAAAAGGCGGGAGAAAGUAUGGGAAGUGUUUAGAAGUGAAUGCGCAUAUCUAGUCGACCAUAUUUUAGUCUUGAAAGAGAUCUUUCAAGAAAGACUUCGCUGGCUUCAAUGUGAAGAUCACCUCAUGCACAUAGAGAUAGUCAAACUCUUUGCCAAUGUCGAUGAGUUAUGUACGGUAAGUGCAAAUUUGUGCUGGGAUCUGGUCAACAACCUUUCAAGUCGACUUUCUGAAGGAGAAUUUGGACAAGCAGAUGCAAUCGUAGCUGCCUUUGCUACUUUUGAGUCGCAGGUGUGUCCCGCGUUUUCAAGCUACUGUAUGAACUACUCUGGAGCCCUAUUAUACCUGGAAUCUCUCAAGAAGCAAGAUGACUUUAAUGAAUUUUGUAAGAUAUGUGAGCAGGACAGCCGGUGUAAAAGACUUCAACUCACUGAUCUUCUCAUCACACCUAUCCAAAGAAUCACAAAGUAUACAUUGCUGCUUAGAGAUAUCAGAAAGUGUACUUCACAAACCAGUGAAAAGGAAUUACUAGACUCCACUAUAACGUCUGUGGAAAGUGCAAUAGGUGACCUGGAAGGUAAGGUAGAAUGGUUGGCAAACUUUGAACGAGUGAGAGAACUACAGCAGAUGAUAAGCUGGCCUCCAGUUGAAGAAAUCGACUCAAAAUUAUCUGGUCUUGUUCCUGAUUUUUUGAAAUCCACCAUCGCUAAGAAAUCAAGAGACGUCGUCUGGUUCAGCACCAAACGUUCAUUGACACAUGAAGGUCAUCUUCAAGUCUUUGAGAAUGGAAGACUACAAGAUGUGUAUGUCUUUUUGUUUGAUGACAUGUUGCUAAUCACCCGUAUGCGGCGUACUUCAUUCAACAAGAAGAAAUCGCUCACAGACAACUCCUCACCCUUUGGCCAGAAUCAGAACUCUGUCCCUAAACACAGGGAUGGGUAUAAUUUCACUGUUUGUAAACCACCCUUUCCACUUGAUCGCCUGGAAAUUGUUGAUGUUGAUGCCAAACAGGCCAUGGCAAACGGGAUAAAGCAUUGCUUUGUGCUGGUGCAGUUGAAUAGAUACGGACAGGUUCAUACUCUCUUUGCAUUAUCUGCACCUUCUGAAGCAAAACAGCAAACAUGGCUUGGACACUUACGGGAGUCGAAAACAAAAUGGAUUCGAACACUGCGAGGUGAUUCAAAGAGCAAGGAUGACAAAGAUAGAAAGAAAACACUAUAGAGAUGAUUACAACAAUAAUGAUGAUAAUAACAAUGAUGGCAUUCUCUCCAUCAUAACGCUGUGAUGUGAUUCAAAGAGCAAAGGAGACAAAGACAGAAAGAAGACAGUAUAGAGAUGAUUGCAACAAUAUGAUGAUGGUAACAAUGAUGGAAUUCUCUCCAUCAAAACACUGAGAUGAUUCAAAGAGCAAAGGUGACAAAGACAGAAAGAAGACAGUAUAGAGAUGAUUGCAACAACAAUAUUGAAGAUGGUAACAAUGAUGGCAUUCUCUCCAUCAAAACACUGCUAGAUGAUUCAAAGAGCAAAGAAGACAAAGAUAGAAGACACUAUAGAGAUGAUUUCAACAAUGAUAAUUACUGUGAUGAUGACAACAAUGAUGAUUGCAUUCUCUCUAUUAGACAGUGUCUUUACCUUGUUCAUAAUUUGGAAACUGGAACAAUUUCUCAAUUUACACCUUCAAUAUAAUUUAAUUUAUGAUUCUGAUUCUGUUUCAUUACAAGACAAGAACAAUUAUUGCAGGUUGAUAAAAGGUAUUAAGGUCUAUGUAUUCUUUGAAGUGGCCUUAUGGUUGGUAGUUGAUUCUGGAUUUAUGAACAAAUGAAGACCAACUUUUAUGACAUAGAAUCAUCAGUAUAGAGUAUCGAUAUGGAGCUUUAGUAAACAUCUUCUUUUAAGUACAACUCUGUAUUAAAAACAAUGAUGCUGUUAUAUAAUUAAUUGAAUGUGCACAUCUGAAGAGUAGGGAAGAUCAGUUCUUUUUUAUUGCAAAUUCAUUUGUACUUUUUUCAAAAUAUAAAUGAAAGACAUAUGACUGACUCCUCCGAAACCCAUGCCUUGUUAAAUGUAUUUAUUUAAUUGUAUUCCAUUAUUUAUUUAUUGAAUUUAUUCAUUCCUUCAUUCAUUUUGAAUCCACCCAUCCAUCCAUCCAUCCUUUUUUCAUUACUCAUUCAUUUCCUUUAGGGGUUUAUUACAUUGGAAAGAACGUUACAAUAUUUCAUGUAUUGUAUAUUAAUUUGGAUCAGAAGGCAGUAAAGAUAAAUAUACUGUAUUUAUGAAAAACAUAACGUUAUACAAAUGAAAUUUUGGCUAUUUUCCCCACAAACUCUUAAUUACAAGUGUUUUUAUUUCUUAAUAUAUAUUUUAUAGCAAGAGCUACCAAUGUGUCAAGUAAUGAAAUAAAUGUAUACAGAAUUCCUUCUUGCAUUUGUAUACAAAAAGUAUAUUCGAGGAUGGAACCUUAUAUGUUGUGUAAUCUGCUUCAAGUUGAAUGUUAAUCAACAAAUAUGGCUAUCAUAUUUAAUUAUAAAAAAGAUGACUGCCAUGAACAAGUUCCAAGUAUACCUAAGUUGCCUUUUUCAAAUUGUCUUUAAUGCACAAAUAUAAUAGUGAGGAAAUUUGGGACUGAAAAAAUAAGAAUUGUAAAAUUUGCUCUUUAAGCUGUUGAUGUAUGCUACCAAAUUCUUUAAUUCUUUCAAUCAUUAUUUUCAUAUUCAAUGUUUAAACGAUCAUGUCAUAAACCCAAAUAUCCUUCAUAUAAAGUUUCAAAAAGCAUGUUUUGGACUUUUGGUAAAUAUCUCAUGAAAAAGGCAAUGAUAGCAAUGCAUCAUUAACAACAUUUCUAUGUAAUAAUAUCUUUAUUAUAUAAGAAAAUAUAUAUUGCUUUCUAUUCACCAAAACAAUUUAUUAAAAAGAGAGUUUUACUAAGUACAGUCAUCAUGGAUAGAACAUCACUAUAUGUUCAUCAGCAUAAAGAGACCUAAAUUAAAAUCCACUUUCCCAUACAUGACCCUCAUUGUGAAUAAUAUUUUAUUUUCAAUGACCAACAGAAACCAGGAUGUUUAUAAGAUAAAUACAGUACUCAGUAGACAUGCUUUCUUCACAAUUUAAUAUUUUGUAUUCAAAAGGACAUUUUAUGUGAUAUUGAUAUUGUUGUCUUUAUUUUUUUUUCACAAAUAAGAAAAUUGCGAUAUGAUAUUUGGGAAAAGUACAUCUUUUAUUUUUUCAUUAACAAUGCUGAUUUUGACAAUGUACAUGUAUCUUAAGAUUAUAUUAAGCUCUGUUCUUGCCGGAAAAUAUCAUACAUAAUUGGAUUUCAUUGUUUUCAUGACUGAAGUAUACAAACUCUACAUGGCAUAUUGAAAUGUAUUUUGUCUAGGUCACUGUGAAAAGCUUUAACUUUAAAUGUAAGUGAAAACUACUACUGGUAAUAUAAAUGAAGUUGAUAUAAUUGUUAAAUUGUAUUUAUCAAAAAAUUUGUGAAGGUAGUCAGUAUACAUGGUUUCACUAACAGAUGGCAGGUCCAUUGGAAUUAAGCUUAAUAUAUAUUUUGAUAGCAAAAAUAUUUUGAUGGUAUACUGUUAUGAAUAAAAUAAGCUUUAUUAAAAAUCAUGCAAAGAUUUGCAAUGUUACAUUUCUUCUUCUUUUGGCAUGUAAUGGAUUUAAAAUAAAUAAACACUGAAUUAAAUAUUGGUGUUUUCUUUUGAAUAUCCUGAAUGUAUAAGUAAAUAUUGUUUCUUUAAAGAUAUAUAUGUAAAUUAAUAGCAAUAUGCAAAUUACACGGUGUUGGAGAAUCAAGGCUGAACACAGUAAAUAUAUAAUUGUAAUAAAUUAUACUGCGUAUGAUCA